GGGAGACUGUGCCGAUUACCAGGAGACUGGGAGUUCUAGUUCUGCUUAGGCAUAAAAGCCAGUUGGAUAUCCUUGGCCAGUCAUUGGCUCAGCCCAGCCUACCUCACAGGGUUGUUUUUGUAGGGAAGAGAGGAGGAGGAGGUAGGAGUAUUAGUUUUGUUUGCUGCCUUGAGUUAUGUAUCAAGCAAUAAAGUCAGGAGCAAGUCUAAUAAAGAAAUAAAUAAAACACCCUCUGGUGCUUUCUCAAUGCAGGAGGACCACAAUGGCAUGGAGGCCGAUCUGGACAAAGACGAAGUGUUACAGCCCCAGCAGGGCGAACUCUCAGGAGAAAAACUCCUGACCACCGAAUAUUUGGGAAUCAUGACCAACACCCCAAAAGCACGGAAGAAGAGCCUGUCCAGUGUCCGUCACAGUGUGGAUGAGCCUCUUCAGAGACCAGUGACCCCCAGCUAUCACAGGGCACAUUACCCAACGUUGGAAGAUGAAGCCGCUUCCUGCAGCGGCAGAGAGACUGGUGCUCCGCGGUGCUCAAAUUCCCGUCCUCCGACACGCAGCGGGAAGAGGCCCAGCCUUUCGUUUGAAAGCGAAGCUUCUGGAACAUCUUUGAGGCAUCUUGGAGCUGACCCGGAUGUCCAGUCGGUUGCUGAAGUUCUGAUUCUCCACUCCCCCGGUUCUUCCCAAGACAGUGGAAACACGUUGCCAAACAGUGAAUUCCAUCUGAGCUUUGCCGGCAGACCCAAAUUUUCCUGCGCCCCAGACUUCCAGAACAUCCGGCCCGGGAGAGGGAAACUCCCGUCCAUCGCCCCCCAGUUUGGCCCGUCUGGACUUCACCCACCCCUUCGCCCCAACUCUUCGGAGUCAACGAGAAGCAAGCAAAAACAUUAUAACACCUUAUUUGUGCAAGUCCUGAAAACGACAAUGUAUUUCGGCUGUGCGUUUGCUGCACGACUUGACCUUCUCCCGGCCUUCGGAAGGUGCAAAAAUUCUUUGCUCAGGCUGUAUCCGUUGCCAGCCUUUGGCCUCCCGUUGCAAACUAGCAGGGGAAAAAUAUAUAUAUAUACACACACGCCUGUUGCCGUGUCUGUUAUUUGUUAUCCGAAGUUCAGAUUGUUUAAUUUUCUUGGUCCUGGAAGAAGGAAACAGGCUUUUGGGAAAUGUCCAGUUGACAGAAGAGGUUUGUUUUUUUAAUAUAUGCCCUGUCCUUGUUCUAUUCUUCUUUGCAACCUCUCCGUGCAGAUUCUCUAAAACCGACAGCUCCGCUUUUAAACCGUCUCCUUAAAUAUCUCAUCGCUUUCCCCUUUUUCCAGUUUUUUUUUUUUUUUUGCGGGCGAGGGAGAUAUAUUUCGGCUUGAAAUGGGAGCUGCAAGAAGCUGCGGUGACAAAGCUGCAGCUUUUCUUCCUAGUUCUGAAAAUCAUUAAUUUUUUUUUAAUUGUGUCCUCUUUGCGGCUCUGAAGUCAUCUGGAACCCAACCCCUUCCAGGAUGAGAAGCUGAGCUGGCCCCUGUCGGCUGGCAGCGAACGGUUUUUCCACUGUUUUUUUUUUUCCCGCUUGAACUUUGCAAAUCUUCCAAGGAUGGCAAAGGGGGUUUCCAUCUGCUCUCCUUGGAAGGUUUAGCUCCUGUCCGAUUAAAUGAAGCCUGCAGGAAAAUCUCCUUGCGGGAUAUUUUCUGGAGAUGGCACUCUUAAACGGAUGAAUGAAGGGGAAGGUGCGGACCUGGCCUGUGGAUUUGGGCCCCAAAUCCCUCAAUCUACUUUUUAGGGUUAUUGAGAAAAAUGAAAGACUGGAGAUUGUGGAGGGAGGAGGAAGUGGAGGAGGAUGACUGUGGGGUCCUUGGUGCUCUCUGAGCUUGGUGGCUUUCUUGCAGACGUUUCAUUGCCUAACUAGGUAACAUCAUCAGUGCUGGGAGGAGGAGGAGGAUGAUGCUUGAUGCUGUCUAA